AGGCAGAGCAAUGACGACAGUGAGAUUGCAGUAAUAUGACACAGGUAGAGCCUUGCGGAUUAAAAUGAUUAACAGGCGAUGACAGCGGCGCUUACACACAACCUGGACCGAGUCUCAGUAAAGUUCACAGCCGGUAUCCUUUAGGAGUCGAUACCAUCUCGACUGAAUCCACCUUUCAGCUUAUUUAGUUAUUUAUUUUUUAUCGAAAGUGCGUCUCCACCGUCCGAGCUGGAUGUCUAAACUACCAGGAAAUGCCGGUGUGUCGGUGCUCGGGGACAAGUCGCUGGAGUUUUACCGGGACCCGGUGAGCUUCUGCCAGCAGAGGGUCGAGAAACACCGGAGCAGAGUGUUUCAGAGCCGCAUGCUGAACAGACCCACCGCCUUCAUCUGCUCCGUGCAGGGGAUGAAGGAGCUGCUCUGUGAUAAAUCCAACGUAUUUCUGAAGGAUCCAACUGACUUGAUGACCAACGUGUACGGUGACACCUUAGUCACCACUAACGGUGAGGAGGCAUGUCUUCUCCGCCUGUCUCUCACCACCCUGUUCACAGGAAGUUGUUUACAAUCAUCAAAUGAUUACAUCACCAGUGUGUGUGAGCGCUGUCUGAAGGACCUCUCUCUCAGUGGCCAGCCGGAGUGUGUGUACUCCACCUUUAAACGCCUGGGGACAGAGUUGGUGUUGGGCCUCUUUCUGAACGUACGAGCGGAGGAGCAGCCUGAGCUUUUUCAGGAAAUAAUGCAGCUCUGCACCCAGCACUGGCAUGGUCUGAUCUCUGCUCCGGUCAAUGUGAAGGUUCCUCUGUGGUCGUCGGGUUUCUCCACCGCUCUGGAGGCCAGAGACAAACUGAUGGACAUCAUCAAAGACAAACUGGAGAAUGACACACAGGGUUUUGUCGGCUCCCUUGGUUCUUUGCCGCUGCCAGACUCAAGCUCUGCCUCCCAGCAUCUCCUGCUCUUCAUCUCAGCUCUGAUCCCCAAAGCUCUGGCAUCGCUGCUCACCUCCUUCACGCUGGCACUCAGUGGAAACAAACAGACUCGUCAGCGAGCGAUGGAAGACCCUGACUACCUGCGCACAGUACUGCUGGAGGUUCAGAGACUUUGGCCUCCUUUCAUCGGUGGACGCAGACUAGCUGAUCAGGACUCCACACUCGCAGGGUUUCGUGUCCCAAAGGAUUAUGGUGUGAUCUAUAUCAGCCACUCUGUACACCGCGACCCAGAGGUGUUCCAGCAGCCAGACGACUUCCUGCCGGAGAGAUGGAGCGGAAGGAAUGCAGGCCAGGAGCACUACCUGUGCUCCUUCGGCAAUGGGCCUCGAAGCUGCAUUGGGACUAAACUUACAGAUGUCUUCCUUAAGGAAGCGUGCAUGUACCUGCUAAAGCACUACGACUGGUGUUUGGACCCUCCAUCACAGGACCUUGAGUACAAAUGGCUGCCUGUGUCUCGCCCCGCCAACCCCCCCACCAUCUCCUUCACCCGACUGGAUCAGACCAGAUCUGACAGGAGCGACACCGUUUAGGGAUGCACAGUAUGUUUAGCGAGGUACCUGCAGAUAAGUUAGGAAAAAACACAAAAAGAUACGAGCACUAAAAACUGUAGCUAGAGGCCAGAUAUGCCUGUCUAGGAUGUGCAGAACAAGCUGGAAAAUAUGUGAACACAAAUAGAGGGAAGCCGGCAAACUGUGAGGCUUUCCCCCCGCUGCGUAUAAUACAGUAAUCGUCCUGGGGAAAGCAGAGGAGUGUGCUGGUUUCACUCUGUGUUCUCCUGCCAGAUACUCUGCAGCUUUGCUUGAUGAAUCUGCAGCAGAAGACAAAAUAAAUGACUCAUAGUCGUUCUUCCAUUGCUGAAUCUGACGCUGCUAGACAGCAUUUUGCGGUCUGUUUUUUUAAUGAGUCAGUUGUUACAGUUUAAAAAGAUUCACCAGAUCACCAACAUGAAGCUCUUUCGCACACUUAUGCAUCCGAUAUAGCCUCUAGGCUGAAUCCUUUUAUCCCGUGGUGGAGUUUGCUGUGAACAGAAGUUGAAAUCACCUCCAAAAAAUGCAGCUUUUCUUUCCCCACACUGUAGUAUCAACACUUAAACCAAAUAAAUCCAAGGGAACACACACACACACACGUGCACACACACGCUCGUAGAGGUAAACCCUCAGAUUCCAUCACUAACUGCAAACCUGUCUCCCCUCCCCCUUUCACCACCUAGCAACCACCACUGCUUAGCAACAGUUCGUCAUACCGACACUGACUUUAGUAUGCAAGUCACACACACACACACACACACACACACACACACACACACUAACCUGGUUAUUUUUGAAAGCAGUUGGCAGUGAUACACACACCAUCUGAAUCACAUGCAAAUGAUGCCAGGAGGCGUUUGAGAGCGCACGCUUGAAUUUUAAAUAACCUUAGUAACCUGAGUGAUUUUUAGCCCAUGAUUCAUAAAACCAAACUACGUCUGCUACAUUGAUGAGAACUAGUUUUAACCUCUUAUUUAUUAAUAUUCAAGUGUGGUGCUCGUUCUUUUUUUAAAGAUAUGUUUUAGGCCUUUAUGCCUUUAAUUGAUAGGACAGUAUGAGCAUGAAAGGGAGAGAGAAGGGAUGACAGCAGCAAAGGGUCAUGGGUCAGAAUCGAACCCCUGGCUGCUGCAGCAAGAACAAAGCCUUUAUACAUGGGGCGCCUGCUCUACUGAAUAAGCUACUGGGCACCCCAAGUGUGAUCCACAUUCUUUAUACUGUACUGUUUGUUAACAUGUGUCUUUCAUGGUCAUUUAAGUGCUAUAAUUGUCAAAUGUCUUUUUUUAUGUUGUCUUAUGGUUUGACGUAUUAGACAAUAUCUAACUUCAUGUAAUGUUAGUACAACAGAUUUGAAACAUGACUUCCUAACUAUCAUGCUACCUAGUUCUUUCAUAAGCCUGUGUGCUGUAUUUUUUAGUAAAAACAAAAUUAACAUUUGGAGUA